AUCGCCCAGAGCUUUUGUUGGACUAAGAAACUUAACUACGUUGUAUCUCCCAGACAACUACCUGGUGUCCCUCGAUGAAGCCGCGUUCACAGGCCUAAAGAAUUUACAAAAACUGGAUCUUACGAAUAAUGAGCUGGCAAUAUUGAGUGGACGGACGUUUAGUGGGCUUCCACGACUGGCUCACUUAGCUACUGACGAAUGGCGCUGGUGCUGUUUAGUGAAGCAAGUCGAGACCUGCCUGCCGGAAGCAGAUCAGUUUUCAUCCUGUGAGGACCUCAUGUCCAAUAUCGUCCUUCGGGUCUGCAUCUGGAUUCUGGGUUUAAUCGCUCUCUUUGGCAAUUCCUUUGUCAUUUUCUGGAGGAGCAUCUAUUCCAGUGGGAAUAAGAUGCACUCUUUCCUGAUUGUGAACCUUGGCUUGGGCGAUCUGAUGAUGGGUGUGUAUUUGCUGAUCGUUGCCGUGGUUGACCUGCAGUACCGCGGCGUGUAUGCAGCUUACGAGGAGGCUUGGAGGUCGUCCUCUCUUUGUCAGGUGGCCGGAUUCAUCAGUACAUUUUCCUCCGAACUCUCUGUCUUCACACUUACAGUUAUAACUGUGGAUCGACUGAUGGUCAUCAAGUUCCCCUUCGGUGUCCGUCGCCUGGGCGGAGGUGUCACGAAACAGGUGAUGGGCGGAGUGUGGGUGCUGGUGACCCUGUUAGCCGCCCUUCCACUGACAUACCUCGACUAUUUCAAGAACUUCUACGGGAGGUCCGGAGUCUGCCUCGCUCUGCACAUCACCAAUGAGAAGCCAAAUGGGUGGGAGUAUGCAGUCUUCAUUUUCCUUGUAUUAAACUUGCUGAGCUUUAGUGUGAUCGCAGUGAGUUACGCCCUCAUGUACGCUGUUGCUCGUGAAACGCGAACAGCCGUGGGCAGUGGUCCUGAGGCACGCCCUAGUGAGAGCGGCAUGGCCACUAGGAUGACUCUCAUUGUAGCAACCGACGCUGCUUGCUGGCUCCCGAUCAUCUUCCUGGGAAUCGCCUCUCUCUGUGGUGCAGCUGUGCCUCCCAAGGUAUUCUCAUGGAUAGCCGUCUUCGUCCUCCCUCUGAACGCAGCUGUUAAUCCUGUCUUGUAUACAUUGUCGACUGCGCCUGUUCGCAAGCGCUUGAAGAGUCUCCGGCAGAGAUUCUGCGCCAUGUGGGGACACCAGUCGAGGUCAGCUCCAGCACGGUCAGGGAACCAUUGGCCAUCAAUGAAGACACGCAUGACAACAGAAAUGUCAGACAUCCCUCCACUGAACGAGUCGGACGUUCGCACCCCGAAGGCCAAACCGUCUAUGUGCAUCUACACGCCUGUAUUAUCUCGAACAUCCAUUCCUUGUGCAAACGCCGAUGACGAUGUGGAUUUGGACAUUAAUGGAGUCUUCAGGAGUGAAAAGAAUUUAGCUCUUCAGGGGCCUAUACUAAAUGGGCGAGAACCUGCCCAGCGAGUGCUUUGUCUCCAGAAUUCUAUAACCUGUGAAGGCUAUGUGGAGCAUAUAGGCACUGCCAACCUGGAAUUAGUGCGGCUGGAAGAGGUUGCUAAGCCUCUUCCUGCUUCCAGAAAAAACUCCCGCAAACAUAACAGAAGAAAAACUGUUUCAGAUGAUCGAUAUGAUUAAGUACCCUUUUACGCUUUAAUUUAUCACAAAGAUUCCUUGGAGAGACGCCCGCGAUGUCUCUAGAAUUAUUAUAAAAUAGCUAAAGAAAUUAGUGCUUCAUGUGCUUGCUAUGGGACUCCACAGUAUAUGUCGGUAUAAUGGAUGUUUUACAGCAAUGUUCAGCGACUUAACUAUUGAAGUAACAAAAAUUGAAAUGAGUUACACUGGCGCAUGAAUUCGUGUUGUUGGUGUAUAUGAAACAUCAUUUCUUGUGUUGAUUGUGUCUAGGACCCAAAACGUGAAGUUAAGUGUAUAUAUAGUUUCGAACAUAGAUGAUCAUGUUUUCCUUAAAAUUUCAUUUUAUAUAUGUAAAUACACUCCAGACUUUCUUCACUUUAAAAGUUACUUAACCAGUGAAUCAUGUCAAAUGAAAUGGAUUACUCUAAGUCAUGAUAGUUCAGCAAAUGGAAGAAAAAUUGAGUCAUUGGCAUGGGUAUUCUGAACGAACAUAUGUCGCAAAAUACCAGGUGGGAAGUAUGUGUAAAGUGAAACGUUUAGUCAUGUUCGACUAAAAACUUAGAUUUGUGUUGACUGAAUCCUGAUAUAAAAGCAAGAAAUUUAGCACAAGUGCUCAUUUUAACCCCCUCUUUUGAAAAAUCUGGGUGUCGCAAAAUUUUAAUAUGGCCGCCACUUUUCAUGAUGGUCGCUAGUUGCUUCAAUUUCUGACACUUUGAGUAAAUCAUUGUUGAAAUAAAUACAUCAAUCAUUAUUCAGAUAAUGUCUUCCUGGGUAGAAGAGUUAAUUGCAGAUAUCACCAUUGUGAUAAAGAUGGUGUAGAGAUUGGUCGACAUAAAACAUUUUACUUGUAACUGCAACUAAGAAAGAUAGAGACAUGAAAUUUUUAUCUAUGUCUACAUUUCUUAGGCCAGAGAAUCUGUUUUUAGCAUUCUAUUGGGCUAUUAUCGGUAUUAUGUAUUGGAAAGGGACCACAUAAUGCUACUGAAAAGUAUACAAGCGCAAGACUAUAAAGGAGUAUGAUAACAAAGGAUCUUAUUUAUGUUCAAGCACUGUCUCAAUGUCGUUUUUUUUCAGCCUGAAAUGAACUCAUGCUUUUAAAAAAGCAUGGUGCUACCCUUUAGCGUGACAAAAUUCUCAUUAAGAUGUAUCUGAGCCUCAUUUGUAACACUAUCACUACACCCCACGUUAUGAUUACACCUCACAUUUGCAGCUACACAAAGCUUUACAUAUGAGCCCAAGCCUGUAGUAUUUGCACCUGUCAUGGGAACUAGACUUGCAUCCAUAUUGUAAGUUGUUCACAACUCUUUGCAAUGGGGGAGUUAGCUGUCCAGAAAACAUUCCAGUCUUCACCAAUCUUUUCCCAACCCCAGUCAGUUGCACUCUGUAUUUCUGGCUGGUGCUGAAUUGCCUGACCCCAUAUGCAACCUGCCUGAUAUGUUGACUGUUUUGAGAAGCAGUUAUACUGCAGGAGCUGAGCAAUAGUUUGACUUUGAUGAGCCAAACCUUAACUCUGACUUUGUCAGUUCCAUAUUUGACCAUACUAGUGAUUUGGAGCAGACUUUGAGAUAUGGCAUCAUUGAUGCAUCCUUCACCAAAGGUGCCGUCAAACCUGGAGUAAUGAUCCAUGCUUCCUAAGUAUCGUUGCUGCUUUAGUGAUCACAAGUGUAUCUGAGUAGUCAGGUGCCUGAGAGAGGGCUAAAGCUACAUCUUUCUACAAGGCAAGUAGCACACUUCUCCCUUUCUUGUGUUCUUUAAUCGUGUAUUUGCAGUUGUUCCAGGCACUGCUGGUAUAAAUGGGGUACAUCUGCAGUAAUUUUCUUCGGAUCAAGAAAGUAUAACUAAAGCUGGUUUCAAUUAUAUAAAUAACCAGCUCUGAUAGAACCAGUGGAUACACAUUUGGUUCUUCACUGUGACAUUAUUUUUUUCUCAAGAUUCCUGAAAUGGGACCUCUCCCUAUUGUAAAGGCCAGUGAGACAUACAAGGUGGUAUUUCAGCUCUUGUGCAAUUGCACCACCUGCACCUAGUUUUACCAAAAAUUUACCAUCAUUAAGCAUUAAGUUUGUGAGUGCAUUCAUGUAGUCUCCUGUUGAAAUUCAUGCUCAUUACUUGAAGAAGAUCUGAGACAGGCGCGGCGCCACAUUUUUAUAAAGACUGCAUGCUUCAUUGUCAUAAAGCAUUCGACGCUAUGUAGCAUGCAUUUCCUGUGCCCCACUACCUUCAACUGUAGAUAUUGGCUUUCUUGUAUGACCAAGUUAUACAUUAUUUUACAUGACCCUACCACUCUUGUGGUAUUUUGCCAUGUUUUGUCGCAGUGUUGCCUCUAAGCCACUGCUUUCAUCCAGCCUUGCUGGGUCAACGUUAAGCAGCAUUUCACCAAUCUCCUGCCUGAAACAAUGGCACACUGGUUGAAAUUAUUACGUACCCAUUAUGUUCAGGAUUAUGGCGUACAGAGGCCAAGGGUGAGGUUAGACCUUCAUUUUUCUUGUCUCCUGUUUUGCCUGUGAUUGAACUUACACUUGCCAUUAUGAGCUCCUGAGCUAAGGCCAAGGGGCUUCCCUUUUACUACCUUAAUGUGAUAUUCACCUUGAUGUAUGGGAUGCAGCUAGGUUCGGUUACCCUCCACCUAACCCAGUCAUUCAUCCAGUCCUGUGUGAUCUGUACACCAUCCAGGUAAGUAGAUGACCAAGCCAUGCAAACCCUUGGCCCGGCUCUCCCGUGCUGGCACCACCAGUCUAACUAGAUCUACUAAUUGUAUAAAUACAUACUUUCUACCAGCUAAUUGAUGUGAAGUUAUUAGAUAGCAUUUAGGACACUAAACUGCUAAACUACACUAAAGCAAAGCUAAGUACAGCAUAAGUAAAGCAAGAUUAGCUGGGACUGAACCCCAUGCUGAGUUACACAGGAAUGAAGACACCAGAAUGGCCUGGUUGUACGUUGACAUUCACUCUUUUAAACUAAAAGUAAAGAUAAAACCACCACACAAAUUAUAUAUAGACUUGCAAACUAUUAUAAUGACUACUAAAUCCUGAGACGUGAUUAUUUAAGGUGUUUGGCAGCCAUAUUGGAUGCAGUCUUUCUUUAUAUAUAUGCUAUAUGAAAUCUUUAACAGAAAUAUGUUGUACUUUUGCUUGGUGACUGCCUAAAAUGUGUAUAACUAAAACAAAUGCAUAAAAACAUGGCCAGAGGCGCAUGAGUCCAUGUUAAAACAUUGACUAGCGGCCAUCUUGAAAAAGGUAGCCAUUUUUUAAUUUGAGUGGACACCCAGUUAAGAGGAUAUGUGCCAAAUUUCACGCUUGUAUCAUUAACUGAAGUAUUUUAGUGAAAAUAUUUAUUAUGUCUGCUGCACUAUUGUAUACAUUAGAACUGACAACUGCUUUCUUAUGAUUAUAAUCCUAUCUCGUAUCUGGUGACUGGAAAUUUCAGGAAUCUUUCUUUGUGUUCCUUCAAAAAUUUCUAAAUAAUAUGAAUAACAGAUGUUGCAAAUCUGCAGAGUACAAAAUCUUGCAUAUAAACCCCAGAACAACAAUAAAGGGAUAUAAGACUGGAGGUUCAAAGUGUAGGAUUUAUAUGAAACACUUUUCCAUUAACUUAAAAUCCGCCAUUCUAUGAUCAGCAUCACAUUAACCAUAGCGGGAGACAGAUUUGAAAUGAGAUUACUUGUGCGUGUUUUUCUUUCUUUCUUUCUUUCUUUCUUUUUUGGUAUUUCCCACAAGGUAAUGAAAGCUACUAGCGGGACAAUACAUUCAUUACCUUGAACUCCCUCCGUUGUUAAUUUUUUUCAAAAAUUAACGUUAUAUUACAUUGUGGUGUAAAUUACACUUUCAUAUAAUCGUCAGUUUCAUUAUAUCUCUGUAAUUUCUAAU